AGUCGUGUGUCGGAGGCUCUAGGUAUACAAUGGGCACCGAGGGAUGUCCCCAUGAUCAGGCGUCUCCAAACCCUGGCAGCUGCAGCUUGGAUUAGCCUAAUUCUGUUCGGGGAGGCUAUCUCUAUCUACCUCUUGUACCGACUCGUGUACUCCAGGUUGUGGUGGGUAGCGUUCCUCUACCUCGUGUGGAUGAUCAAUGAUAUUGAUACUUGCAACAAAGGAGGUCGGAGGUGGGAAUGGGUGAGAAACUGGGCAUGGUGGCGCUACUACUGCGAAUAUUUCCCUAUGAAUCUAAUCAAAACGACAGAAUUGGACCCCUCGAAGAACUACCUCUUCGCUUGCUUCCCCCACGGAGUCGUGUCAACGGGAAUUUUAGGAUUAUUUAACACUAACGCUUUAAACUUCUACAAAGUGUUUCCUGGCAUGACACCACAUUUCAUAACACUCAGAGGACAUUUCUUAGUGCCGUUCUUUAGAGAUCUAAUUAUGGCUAUGGGAUCCUGCUCUUCAUCAGUGGAAAGUCUUCUUUAUUUAUUGAACAAGAAGAAGCAUCAGGGUAAAUGCGUGGCUCUGGUUGUUGGCGGUGCAGCGGAGGCACUCGAUGCUCACCCUGGCGAGUACAAAGUAAUUCUUAGCAGAAGAAAAGGGUUUAUACGAGUUGCCAUCCAAUCCGGAGCUCCAUUGGUACCGGUGUUAACAUUUGGAGAGCCGGAUGUGUUCAGGCCAAUGAACAACCCUGAGAAUGGGUUCCUGAGGAAAUUCCAGGACAAGUUCCGUCAGCUCACAGGCAUAUCCCCCGUCGUGCCAGUUGGCCGGGGAUUUAUGCAGUACUCUUUUGGCAUUAUCCCAUUGCGCACUCCACUUACUAUUGUUGUUGGCAAACCAAUGGAGGUAAAAAGAAUUAUAGAGCCCACAAAUGAAGAAGUAGAUGCAGUGCAUGCGGAAUUCACACAAACACUCAUCAAAUUCUUCAAUGAAGAAAAAUCCAAAUAUUUGAAGAACCAUCAGGACGUUCAACUUACUAUAAUAUAAAGAAUUAUAUGUUACAGAAGAAUCUUAAAAAAGCAGUGACAAUUAAUUAAUGUUAUUCUAUAAUCUGGAACUUGUACAAGAAAUUGUAAUAAUUAGUUGUAUUUAUAUGAAUAACAAAUUUACGUAUGUACAUUUCUGUUUCUGUAUAUAAGGAGCUAUCUAAAAGUGUGACGUAAUGUCACACCAAUUUCAGCUUGUCACAGAUUAAUACAAUGUCACACUUUGUCAAUAAGAUGUGACCUAUAUAUUUCUAUCUACAUAGAAAUAGUUUUAAUUACGUAAACAUAUUUUCAAACUAAGUUUGUUUCUUUAACUUAUUUAAUUGUGUAAUUCAUACAGUUCCAAUUCUAAUCUUUCGGCGACAGACCAAAAACAGUUUUUCGAUUAUGUAUGGACCAUUCUACAGCCGUAAUUGUGAUUAUUGCUUUACUUAUAACGGCAACUCUCAAAUAG